AUGCUCUUGGCCGCUACCGCGAUCUUUCUCUACUACACGGCAUGGACUCUGCUCAUGCCAUUUGUUGACCCCGGCCACCCUCUCCAUGAUCUGUUCCCUCCGCGCGUCUGGGCGAUUCGCAUUCCCGUCAUCCUCACUCUGUUGGGUUCGGCUGUGGUGGGCACGUUUAUCGGUAUUGUGAUGAUCAACAGCAACAAAAAGAAGGCAGCCAAGGCCAAGGCUGCGGCGGCGAAGAAGAAGACUUGA